AUGCUCCAAUGCAGUCGAUUAUUCUGGCGACCUGCUAGAAGAGUUCUGGGCAGGGCGCUGCAUCCGCUGCACUCAGCCGCUAGCGAUUCGGGUCUAUCCCCAGUCCUCCUCACUCGAGCGCGUCUCCUCGCCGACGAGCACACAAAAUUAUCCGAUAAGAUCGCAGAGACCUUUGACGCCAAAAUCGCCAAACGAGUUGGUGAAAUUGCGCCAGUCACACAAGUCCUCAGAGAAUGGGACAGUGCCAACGAAUCCAUCACCGAACUCGAAUCUCUCCUCGAACAACCCGAAACCGACGAUGAGCUUCGGUCUCUCGCGAUCGAAGACCUCCAAACCAGUCAUGAGUCCCUGCCCAUCAUUUCAGACCGGCUCAAGAAGGCCUUGAUCCCGCGGCACCCGUUCGCAGAUCUGCCAUGUCUGGUGGAGAUUCGGCCGGGCGCAGGAGGCGACGAGGCAGGCCUCUUUGCCUUUGAAUUAAUGCGAAUGUACACAUCCUUUUGCUCGCGACGAGGGUUACGACCGACCAUCCUGAAACAAGAUGUCGAGGACGGAGCGUCCGAGGACCGUCUCACCGAAGCCGUGAUCGAGAUCGAAGCCGAUGGCGCCUACGAUAUCCUACGGACGGAGUCGGGAGUCCACCGCGUCCAAAGAGUGCCCGCUACAGAGACCAAAGGCCGAACACAUACCAGUGCUGUCAGCGUCAUGGUACUGCCGAGUUUUCCCGAGUCGGGCAGCGGCAGCGCAGACAAUGCGCUCAACUUUGAGGACCCCACGAGCGAUUACUACAUCGAUCCGCAGGAAGUGCGGGUGGAGAAGAUGCGGGCGAGCGGCGCAGGUGGUCAACACGUUAACAAGACCGAGUCGGCCAUUCGAUUGACCCAUAUUCCCACGGGGACCGUGGUGUCCAUGCAAGACGAGCGAUCCCAACAUUCGAACCGUCGAAGAGCAUGGCAGGUGCUGCGUGCGAAGAUCGCCGAAAUUCGCCAGGAAGCCCGGGAGCAGGAGCUGAUGCAGCUCCGUCGAGGCGCAAUGGGUGGCGUGGCGCGAAUGGGCCGAGGCGACAAGAUCCGAACGUAUAAUUUCGGACAGAGUCGCUGCACUGAUCACCGAAGUGGCAUCACCAUUCACAACCUAGAUGGCGUUCUGGAUGGUGGGGAUGGUCUGGAGACUGUCAUGGAGAGCGUGCGCACUUGGAUGGCUGACCGCGACGUCGAGGGCAUGCUUGCGGAAGAAAUGGCCAAGGCGGAGUUGGAGCAGAAGAAGAAAUGA